UGGAUGCCCUCACAGAGAGAGUGACUUGGCACAUAGUGCUUCAGACGAUUUGCAUCUACGCAUUCCUCAAGUUCCUUCAGGGAGGAGGAGCUGGGACAACUGGCUUCAUUAGCAACGUGCGCACUUUUCUGUGGAUCCGCGUGCAACAGUUCACCAGCCGCGAAGUCCAGGUAGAGCUCCUCCGGCAUCUCCAUAACCUGUCUCUUCGCUGGCACCUGGAGCGCAAGACAGGGGAGGUGUUACGCAGUGUUGACCGAGGCACUAGCAGCAUCAACAACUUACUCAGUUACAUCAUAUUCAGCAUCUUCCCCACCGUGGCUGAUAUUGUAAUUGCUAUUGCGUAUUUCGCCGUAACCUUCAGCGGCUGGUUCGGCCUCAUCAUCUUCCUCUGCAUGAGCCUUUACCUCACACUGACUAUAAUACUGACUGAGUGGCGAACAAAGUACCGCCGUGAUAUGAAUCUUCGUGACAAUGAUGCCAAGUCUCGAGCUGUUGACUCACUUCUCAACUUUGAAACGGUGAAGUAUUACAAUGCAGAGGACUAUGAGGCUAGACGCUUCAAUGAUGCCAUUAUGAAGUAUCAGGUUGCAGAAUGGAAAGUGAAUGCAUCUCUGGGCCUGUUAAAUCAGACACAGAAUCUGGUGAUUGGUGUGGGGCUGCUGGCUGGAUCCCUCCUAUGUGCUUCUUAUGUGACUAAGAAAAAGCUCGAUGUAGGCGAUUAUGUUCUCUUUGGCACAUACAUUAUUCAGCUGUAUACUCCACUGAAUUGGUUUGGCACAUAUUACAGAAUGAUCCAGUCCUCAUUUAUUGACAUGGAGAAUAUGUUUGAGCUCUUCAGUGAGGAACAGGAGGUGAAGGACGAACCGGGGGCUGGAGAUCUUCGAUUUCUUGCAGGACGUGUGGAAUUUGAAAAUGUCCAUUUUGGCUACACGGAAGGAAAGGAAAUUUUACACGAUGUUUCCUUUACCGCAAUGCCUGGACAAACUCUAGCACUGGUGGGACCCUCUGGGUCAGGAAAAAGUACCAUUGUCCGCCUGCUAUUCCGCUUUUAUGACCUGUGGGGAGGCUGCAUACGAAUAGAUGGACAGGAUAUCUCUAAGGCAAAGCAGGUCUCCGUGCGUUCCCAUAUUGGUGUAGUGCCUCAGGACACUGUCCUUUUCAAUGAUACCAUUUGCAACAACAUCCGAUAUGGUCGUAUUGAUGCUACCAAUGAGGAGGUUAUGGAGGCUGCCAUGACUGCUAAUAUCCAUGAUCGUAUCCUCACAUUCCCUGAUGGUUAUGAUACGCAGGUUGGUGAGCGAGGUCUGAAGCUGAGUGGUGGGGAAAAACAGCGAGUUGCUAUUGCCCGCACUAUCUUGAAGAACCCUGACAUCAUCUUAUUUGAUGAGGCAACAUCAGCACUGGACACUAAAACGGAGAGAAAAAUCCAGUCAUCGCUGGCUAAAGUAUGUGCCAAUCGCACCACCAUUAUUGUGGCUCACAGGUUAUCAACCAUAGUUAAGGCUGAUCAAAUUCUUGUUAUCCGGGACGGCCAUGUGGUAGAGCGUGGAAGGCACGAGCAACUGCUAAAGAAAGGGGGCCUCUACUCUGACAUGUGGGCUCAACAAGGAAGUGAGGUACCUAGUGGCUCAGACAAUGACAGCAAGGUCAGCCUAUCGAAAGCUGGCCCGGAGGAAUUAGGCAGUGCGGAGGGUGAGCCUGAGGAUAAACCUGAACCCGAAACUCAGGAGGAACCCGAAACUCAGGAGGAACCCGAAACUCAGGAGGAACCUGAAACUCAGGAGGAACCUGAAACUCAGGAGGAACCUGAAGAGGAGCAGGAGCCUGAAGAGGAGGAAGAAUCAUAG